AUGGCUGCCAUCGUAGCCUCUUCGUCGUCCGUAAGUCACAACACGAUGAGCGGCAGUAGCAUGUUCGAUAACGGUUACCGGCGGGGGAACACUCGGCAGCAGUCGCUGCUAGGGCCGCACGGGCGAUCGGGUCAUCACCACCAUCACCAGCACUACCACCACCAUCGGCAUUACUGCAACAGCCACUACUAUCACCAUCGGUCGCGUCCGGCCAGCCGGAGCGAGGUCCGAUUAGGUUCGCUGCUGUCACCGGACGUUGGCGGCGGCUGUCCAGCUCCAACCACCACGAUCACCCCCACUACCACCACCUCGCCCACCACCCCGACAACUAGCGGCUCCAUAACCAACGCCAACACCGCAACCAUCCAUGGGAAGAUGGCAGUACCGGUGUCCUGCAUCGGCUCCUCCUCCUCCUCCUCCUGCUCCUCCUCCCAGCAGCCCUCGCUUGCGAGAGCCCGCCGGGCCAGCAGUACCGGCCCCGUCCGGCGGUGCACCUUCGCCCCCUCGGUCGGUGGCGUGCCAACCGCGCCCGGUCUGCGCAGCGAAGGUCGCCGACUCCGGCGCCAGUCGUCGUCGGUGGCGUUGUUUGCCGAGCAGGAGCGUCCUCAACCCCGCCAGCCAGUGCUACCACCGCCACCGCCACCGUAA